AAAUCUAUCACAAGAUUGUCCCUUUCUAAGUUUGAUGUUUGAAGUAACUAUUUUACAUUCUACCCUCUUGUCUCCUUGUCUAGAUAGAGCACUCCUGAAUCCAAAGGGUCAGUUACAUUAAUAUUAUUCGUUUAUUCAUUAUUAGUCGUUUGAUGAACCGAACUGAAUAGAGCUUUUUACAGCUGUGAUUCAACAAGUCACGGUGGAUGAUUAGGGAGACCACAGGCGCUAUUGGGGCUGGCCUAAGUGGCGGAGCGUCACUGAAUGACACACUGGCAGGAGGAGGAGGAGAGCACGCCCUGCUAGCUGAUGUGACGGUGUAAGUACCUGAGUGCAGAACACUACCUGCGGAUCGUCUCCUGUCAGAAGCAUCAUGGGGGGUUCCGCGUCCAGCCUGUUGGAUGAAAACAAAUCCAAGUACAUUAAAGGCCAGGCCGAGGCUGUGCUGGAAGAGUUCAGCCCGUACUACAGGAAACAGUUCUCUGUGGCUCAGUUCUCUCAGGUAGAAGAUGAUGUGGAACAGCACAAACAGAAGAUCACACAGCUGCUCAAACAGAGGGCGGCUCCAGAGGAGGGUGAAGUGCUAUAUGAGGAAAGUGUCUUUUACUUUGAUGACACCAGGAAGUGGCGGGAGAGGUAUGUGGUGGUGAGAGCCAACUACUGCCUGGAGUGUCACGAAAGCGUUGAGACCUUUGUUAAAGGAGCUCCUCCAUGCCACAAGCUCCUGCCUACAGGGGGCACGGUUCUGACGGCAGAAGAGGCGUACAUGGCUGUAGUGGAUAAAUGUUUUCCUGAUGAAAGCUGUGCAAAAGAGGACUUUGCUCCACCUAUAGCAGGGAUGCCGGGACAGUUUCCAGUCUACCUGCGUCUGCCCUACAGAAGGGACUCCUAUUUCUGCUUCAAACAACAGGCCACACAGGCUACCUUCAUUUCCAUCCUAUCAGACUGCAUCAGACACCAGAACCAAGACUUCCUGAAGAAAAAGACUUGUGAAGUUCAGGCCUUCCUUAAAGCUAUUCAGCUCUACAGACAGGACAAAGGCAAAUACGAAGCCUGGGACAUGCUGAUAGGAAGUGAUGCAAGGGUGAUGGCCAACAUGGUGAUGGAGCAGCUGCUGCCGUCUCUGGAGAAAGACAUGCUGCCUGGCCUCAAAGCCAAAAAGACUGAGAGGAAGAGAGUUUGGUUUGCUAUGGUGGAGGCAGUAUAUAUCCUGGUCCAGGAGGACAUGUUUGAGGGGCUAUCAGCAUUGAAGGAGGAAUGUCGGGUGUCUGUUCGGCAGCAAGAGGUGCUGAUUCACUCCGACAUGGACCAGAUCCUCAACUCAAGAAGGCAGCUCGAGGAAAAAAUCCGAGCCAAAGUGUCAGAGCCAGCUGAGAAGCUGUGUUCCGACUCUGUCCAGCCGUACCUAGGCUCAGUCCUGGAGGAGCUGAUGGAGCCAAUCAGCGCUGGGUUCCAGGAAGGACGGCAACUAAGUGAAAACACGAUGGACCAAGUGUAUCAGGACAUCAAGCAGGGAUGUGGUAACGAACAGCUGAAACAGUCUCUCGACGCCAUGGCAAAACCGAACCUGCUGAACUGCUAUGAGAAGAUCGGCUCCCUGCAGGUUAAACUGCAGCACUUGCAGGCGAGGUUUGGAUUCUCCGACACCACAGGAGUGAUGCACAGUGCUCAGAUCGAUUUGCAGCAGCUGAUUGAGAAUGCAGCUUUUACCUUCGAGCAGCUGCUCUACAAAGCCAUCCAGGACAACCCAGACAACGCCAGCUCUGCCACUGAGAAGGUCAAACACAUAGUGCUCAAGAAAUACGACUAUGACAGCAGCACGGUGAGGAAGAGAAUCUUCCAGGAAGCUCUGGUUUCCAUCACUCUGCCCUUCAUCAAGAAGAGCCUGGUGUCUACCUGCAAACCUGAGCUUCAGGGUCUUGAACAGAUCAUCUAUAGUGACCAUUCAAGCUUCGUUCAUGUUGACAAUGUUUAUGAAAACAUCCUUCUGCAAAUUCUGGACAAGGAAGUCACUAAAGUGGUGAAGGAGGCAGCCAACCUAAAGAAGUACAACUUGUUCACAGACAAGCGAGACCUGACCAGUCAGUCUAGCCUCUCUUCCUUGCCAGCAUCUAUUCCUGGCAGCCCAGCCAUGACACUGGCUUCCCUCAAUAAACCUUCUUUAGAGCCGCAGCCUUCUCCACUUGCUUCUAAUGAUGUCUUCGCCAGCUCCCAGAAGCAAGAACAGCAGGAGGAAGGGAAAGACCAGCUUCAGAGUGAGGCCUUAAAGGACAUGAUAGUGGGUGAGACACCUCUGGGGAAGGUUGAAACAGGGGUUGGUACUAGUUCCUCUGGCAGUCAGGAAUCAGACCUACCAGCACUUAAAGCAGAAGAUGUCAUCCAAACUGCUGCGGAAGAAGCAGGAAGCAAUAGUAACCUCAACAGCCCUGAUUUAAUAGAGAACAUGCCAGAGAGCUGCACAAAUGAUACAGCAGCAGCAGUUCCAGCGAUUGUGAUGCAUGAAGAUGUGAUUUCUGUCAAAACAGAAGAAACUAAGACAGCUGCUGAGCCUGAAACGAACAGCGCAGAUGCUCCACAAGAAGCAGAACCUCCCACUGCUGUAGGAAGUAUAACAACAACAGAAGCACCAAAGCAGGCAGAAUCUCUCAAUGCUUCUAACCUUUCAGCAGAAGGAACUGAAUCCUUGCCUGCCAAUACUGAAGCAAAGACACAGCGUGAGAACCCAGAAAUCAUGGUCGAGGCUCCACCUAGUGGUGAAGCACUAGGAGGAAUAGUCCUCAGUGAGAACGUAGGGGACGCAGAACCAGUUGCUUUCUCAGAGACGAGCUCUCUGGCUGUGUCAGUGGGAAGCGAGUCUCAUCCCUCAGAUGUUGAGUCCACAGAUGACGUGUCAACAUCCUCAGACAUUUUGGAGGGCGAAGCUAACAUCAGGAAGUCACCAGUGGGUUCAGGAGAUGCUACUGAGGACAUAACAGCAAGUGACAAAGUGCCAGUCCAGACAGAGGUGAAGAGUGGGACUGUCAUUGGAACUGGAGCCAUUAUAGAGGUGGAAGCAGAGGAGGUGGAGAAAAUGACAGCAUCUCUGUCUAGUGAACCCGUUCAAGAGGAGACACCUUCCAGUCCUGCCCAAGCACGGCCUCUGGACUGCGUCAAGGAGAUCCGUGACCUGGUGGUGGAGGUGAUUGAGGUGGAGGAACCUGUGCAGCAUUACUCCAGCGGGAUCUCCAAAGAAGAUUAAAUAUUCCAGUAGUUGUCACUUCUAUAUAGAACGGCUUCCACUUCUGAUACCAGUCUGUAUCCAUUAUAUUUAAACGCGACCAUGUGACAGAUGGGAAGCCUCCUCAGCUUCCUUCCUAUAAAUAUGCAUGAUAGCAUGAUUAUUUAUAUGAAUAAAUUAGUCUUGAUUUCAGCUGAAAAGUGGCUAAACCAAAAUGUCUUCUCCACUCAGUGACUUGGACAGGGCUUUUUUUAAACACUACAACUCUUAAAUUAUUAAAAAAAAAAAAAGAAUUUAGAACAAUUUUAUAAGUGAAGAAAUUUCUGUAAAUUAAUCUGAUAUGAAGGAUCAAUGCAUUUGGGAUGGGGUUCAUAUGAGUGUUAUGUUUGAUUAUAAGGGCCAUAAAGAACACAUUUCCUCAUUUCUGCUCUUCUUUCCAAGAAGAAAAUGGAUGAAGUGUUUGAGUGCAACUGAUUCAAAUAUACUUUUGCAGAAUACAGGUUCAGUGCUAAUGGUGUUACUUUUUUGUUAAACCUUUAGUUAGCAGCUUGUCAUUUAUACCAAAGAUAAACACCUCAUGUAGCAUGUUUUUUCUGAAGUAGUGUGACUGCAGGGAAGAUUUUCCUGCUGUCUACUGAAAGUGUGACUUGGCCAGAUGUUGUUUCUGAGGGAUGAUGCUCCACUUAGAAAAGUUGUAUUUAAGGUGUCCGCAAGUAUGUGAGGGUCCCCUUAGAUCAGAGUGAUGUAACCGGCUCCUCAAAGUAUGAGCACUGGGGGUGGGUGGAUCGUUCCAAAUGUCGAUAGUAUCUAAACCAAUGCUGGUAUUGGCAUCAGGUCAAUACUAGCACGAUAGGAUAAAUACUAUUGUGUUCAGUAUGUAGUCCACUCAUUUGUUUUCAUUUUUUGGAGGGGGAAAUGAAAAAUAUGCACUAUGAAAAAUGUCUGAAUCUUUUUGUGUUGAUUGUCACAUAUAUUUUAUUUAUAUCCUGUAGCACAUUUACACAAUAGAAGUUGACUCAAAGUACUUUACGUACGUUCCAGGUCUCAAGAAAAAGAAAAAACAAGAUGGGAAGCAAAAAUCACACUGAUCUCCCCGACAUAAGCUUAAAAUACUGGCCCUGUAUUUAUUUGGUAUUUUCAAGUUUCAGGGUGUUUGGAAAUCACUUUAACAGAUAAUUUAACAUACACAUACAAUAUUUACAUUAUUUCUCCUUAUUGUGAUUUUUUUUUAAAUUUAAAUAUCCACCUAAAUACUACUAUGGAUCAGCCUAAAGUGCCUCUGUAGUACAUCCACGUUGCCUUAGAGUUCACCAGAUAUACAACUGGAUGCAGUUGCUAUAGAGACUGGUCUGUAAAUCCAUCCAUUCAUUCAUUUACUUCCUCUUAUCAGGGGACAUGCAGAGGAGUGUGUGCAUGUGUGUGUGCGUGCGUGCGUGCAUGUGUGUGUGCGUGCAUGCAUGUAUUCCUAACAGUGCCUGUUUAUAGCAUAUUGACCGUAAACUGUCCACCGGCUGAAUAUGUCUCAUUAGUAAAAGCCUGUAAAUACAUACAAUAAACAAACUUUCCCUGAAA